AAAGUUGAAUAUACUACGUAAUAGGUCGUGUUCCAUCUGACAAUAAUUUAUGUAGAACACUCGAGCACGAGAAAACCCACAGUUGCUGGCUAGUCUUCAUGUGCUAGUGACGUUUAGAAGGCCAGCCAAAGAGCACUUUGUACCUACGACGUUUUUUAUACUAUUCGUCAACAAACGCACAUAUUUUAUGUAGUUUUUUUGUGGAAAUAAGACAGUAAAGCGUCAGUGUGGUCUAAAAUGGUAGAGCUGUCGUCUCUUCUAGAAAAUUUAUAAAUAGGUAUAUUUCUCAUAAUGAAGUUAUGUUUUAGGAUAUUGUGUUAUUUGUGUUUAGUGGUUGUUAUGUUAUGUUCCAACGCUCUUGGAGUGUACAUCUCCAACUUGAACGAAGCUUGCUACCGCUGCCUCUGCCAUGUGGCUGGCUGCAACACGUCGCACGCCUGCUCGGGGGGCUACUGCGGUCCCUUCUACAUAUCCAGAGUGUACUGGGUGGAUGCCGGCAAGCCCACGCUGCCUGACGACGAUCCCGUGAGGGAGCAAGCGUUCGAAGACUGCGCGCGGGACUACCACUGCUCUUUAAAGAUAAUUGAAGGCUACAUGGCGAAGUUUGGAAAGGACUGCAACGGCGACGGUGUGACGAACUGCUUUGACUACAUGAUGAUAAACCACCAUGGUGGAGGCGCCUGCCACUUUCCUCUGGACACGGAUCCACUCGGUCGACGCAGGCUGGCACUGUUUAACCAGUGCCGCUUCUAACAAACCCGAACCUCUAGUGCAAAAUAAUACAAAACUGAACUGAAUAAUACAGAACUGUAUCAGUAAGCUGAUCUAAUACAGAGUAAACGUUUGCUAUUAGGUAGCUCUCGUCUCGUCUCGUCAUAUAUAUAAUAGCAUUCUCGCAAUAGAACACACUGACGUUGGUGAGACUCUACAAAAUUAUAGACAGUCGUCAGUGCUGUAGUACCAGCAGUACGUCGCAGCAUGCGGAGGAGGCCUACGUCUGUCCCAACUGCCCUGCCCUGCAAAAUAUGCAAACUUUGAUGCGCCGCCUGCGUCAGCAUACGCUUAGCCUAAACAUUUCAUUGCCGUCACAUCGUCUAUGUCUACAUUAUUUAAAUAUAAGUUGGUAAUCAUUGCGAUACGGAGACCCCUUACAUAUAUAGAUAUAAGUCGCUAGGAGACUUUUCCUUCAAGCUAGGAGAAGAUAAACAAAAGUAUAUUUAAAUUAACUUUAUUCUAAUAUAUUUUUCUUACAUCAGUCGAAAUAUUUAUAUUAAACCUUAUAAAUAAUAGUAAUAAAUUGUACCAUUU